AUGGAAAUGCAAGUUUAAAAAUUGUCAAGAAGAAAUGUAAACAAAGAAGAUAAUUAGAAUUAUAAACCUUAAACCAGCGUAUUUAGAGAUAAUAUUUCUAACUUCAGAAUCAAAGCAACUAAACAAAUCAAAGACAGUAUAAGCAAUAAAAUUCUUUUCAAGCCAAAGAAUGUCGACAUAAGCAUUGAGAGUUCCUUCGACUCUACUUCUUAAUAAUAAUAGGUUUAAAGCAGAGUCGGGUCUUCUAGAAGCUUUUUGAAGUUUUAAAGUAUACUUAUGCACAAAUAAUAACAGUAGAAUGAUCAAAGCUUAAUUAAACCUGAGUAGUACAAGCAGAGUCUUUACAAAAAACUUAGAAGGAAACUUGAGAGAAUUGACAAAUCACAUUUAAUUGUGCGAAAUUCUAUAGCAAUAGUGACUUAGGACAAAGUUGCAGACAACAGUCCUCUUAGAUUAUAAAAAGACAAAAGUAUUCAAAUGUCUGCUAAAAAUCUAUUUGAUAUUUACAGGGAUAAAAGUAAUAUAAAAGAAGAGGACUAGUAUGACCCAUUGAAUAGAUUAAUUAAUGCCCAAAUACAGCUUAAUCAAAGUAUGGAAUUAAGUUAUGACGCUUCAAGAGUUUCUUAAUUUUUGCAUCAUGAGGAACAACCUUAGUGGAGUAAUGAAAGAAUCAACAUAAAAAAUGUUUAACGAAGGCAUAGAAGAGAGUAUAUGAGUGAUAGAUAUGAUGAAAAUUAAACAUCUUUAUAGAAUACUAUCGAAUAUGAAACUGAGAGACCAUUAUUCAGAAAUAUUGUAAUUCUUGAGAAACCUGGUCUUGAUUACUUACUUUAUUAAAAUAUUAAAUUUAACUUUAAAAUAAUGAAUGCUCGAAGAAAUGCUUCAGUUGAAGCUAAUGAUUGGGCUGAUAAGAAAAAAUAAUAACUAGAGAGAGCCAAAUAACUUAGAGAAGAGAGGAAAAACAAUAUGAUAAGAGUAGCUGAGGAUCAAAUUGUUGGCACUUCUUCAAAGGGAUUUGGCUAAGGCUAGGCAGGCAGUGGUGGUUACAAUCAGAUGAAUCCUUAAGCAAGCAACAGCAGAAGUGGUUUAGCAGGAGGAAUGGGAGGUAAUGAUGGUUACUAUCAAAAUCAAUCUGUAAAUGGUGCAAGCAAGUCAGGAUAUGGCAAUAUGAAUGGGGGAUAUGAAAUGAACAACGGUAGAGGUAACAUUGGCGGUGGAGCAGGCUUCGGUACUGGGGAGCUAAGAAAUGUGGGAUACUAACAACCUGGUUAUGGAAAAGGUCCAGUUAAAGCUACAGACUUUGGAAUGGGUGGAAUGAAUAGUGGUUAUUAAAAUCAAGGCUAUGGAGGAGGUAGAAGUGGCUAUGACAACUACGAUUAAAUGAAUAAUCUUUCGACUAAGAGUAGCAUACAAACAAAUAACUCAUACUCUAGUAAUAUCAACUUAGGCUAUAAUUAGCAAUAUGAUUAACAUAAUAACAGAAAUUCUAACUAAGGUAUCUAUCAAGAUAAAAGGUAGCCACCUUAAAAUAAUAGAAAUCAAAGUCAGAGAACUAUUGAUUAUUAAGACAAUAGGAAUGGAGGAGGAAUGGGUGGUCCACAAGGCCAUUAACAAAAAUCAUCGCAAAUGAGGGGAAUGGAAGAGUAAAAGCAUAAUAAUUAUCAACCUUCACAAAGAGAAGCACCUCCUAGAAGAGCUCCUCCUUCAAACAUACCUAAAGGAGGUCCUGUAAAUAAACCUUCCAGCUACGCAAAUUAUGAUGAUGGGGUAUCUAACCAAGUUAUUCCAGCAGUUGCAAAGAAAUAAUAAGGAUUCGGAGCUAACUUAGGACCAGAUGCUUUCUAAGCUCCUUCUAAAUUGGAUCUUUAAGAAUGUUCUGGCUGUGGUAGAUCAUUCAAUGAAGUUGCUUAUGCAAAGCACAGUAAAGUAUGUAAGAAAGUCUUUUAAUAAAAGAGGAAAGUAUUCAAUAGUCAGGCUCAUAGAAUUGUUUCAAAUGAACAAAAAUAAAUAUUAAUGCAAGCCCAAAGAAAUGAUAGACCUGAAAGAAAUGCACCUAAAGCUAAUGUAGCUUAAUAGAGAAAUAAUAUGCCAAUUAACGCCAAAGGAGGUGCUCCAAAGUGGAAGAAGCAAUCAGAAUAAUUUAGAUAAGCAUUACAAGCAGCCAGAGGUGGCGGGGGAGGUGGUAAAGGAGGAAAGGGAGGUAAAGGAAGUUACCAACCACCUGCCGAUGAAUAUGAUGAUAGAGUUUAAUGUCCUUAUUGUGGAAGGAAGUUUGCUGAAUAAACUGCUUAACGUCACAUGCCUCAUUGUUAGAAUAAGGCAAAGGAGUCAGUUUUCAGAGGCGGUCCCCCAAAAGGAAGAGGAGGCAGAAGAUGA